AUGUGGUGGCAAUUUCGGCAAGAUUUUAUAUCUUUAAUAACUCGUACACAUGAUAAAAAUAACUAUUUUUAUCCAGUCGAUGGUUUACGUGCUAUUGCUAAUCUUUUAAUUAUUUUAUGUCAUUUAGUAACUAUAUUUAAUACAUUUAUACCAUCUUAUCCUAAUGAUGAAUGGAAAGAAUAUUUAGAAAGUAUAGCUUUUAAGCUUUCACCAUUGAUGGCGUAUGGUUUAGAAAUAUUUUUUAUGCUUUCGGGUUUUUUAUUAACAUAUAAAUUAAUUAGUCAAUGGAAGAAAAAUAAUAUGAAUGUUCGAUUAUUUAUAAAAUUUUAUCCGAUUUUUAUAUUUAAACGUGCAUUAAGAUUUUGGCCUGGUAUGUUAUUAUCAACAUUAGUUAUGUUAAUUUUAGGUGAACCAAAAUAUCCAAAUUCUACUUAUUCAUUUGAAUCAUUUCGAUAUUUAAGUGUAUGGUUAUUUUUUCAAAAUUAUAUUGAUAUUGAAUAUUGGUUAGCUAGUUUAGCUCCAUUAUGGAGUAUUAGUUUAGAUAUGCAAGUUCAUAUAAUAUUAACAUUAUUACUUUAUUUAUUCUAUAGAUAUAGAAAAUCUAUUUCAAUAUAUUAUUCUUUAGGAAUAUUAUUUCUUCUAUCGAUUAUUUUAUCAAUUAUUAUAUUUAAUCCAAUAACAAUGCCAAUUAUAGAAGUUACACGUCAAUAUCAUAAUUUACCAUUACUAUUACCUAAACAUUAUUUUAUUUGGCUUGAAACAACAUAUAAUAUUACAUUUCCAUUUCAAAUAUCAAAAAUAAAUCCAAUGAAAAUUUUUCUACAUAAUAUGUAUUUACCAUUUGAAGCUCGUUUUGGAAGUUUUAUUACAGGAGCACUAUUAGCAAUAAAACUUAUAGAAAAUCCAUCAUUACAACCUAAUCAAAAUGAUAAAUAUAAAAAAUAUUUCAUUCUCGUAUUAAUAUUUCUUUAUAUAUUAUCACCAAUAGUAAUAGAUAUCGAUAGAUUUGCUUCAUCUCAAUUUAACUUAAUUUUAACAUUAUCAAUUGCUUGCUCUCGACAAAUAUUUGCACUUAGUCAAGCAUUUAUUUUAUUUACAGCAUUAUGUCCAUCUACUCAUCCAUAUCAUUCACCUUGGAUAAAACAUUUUCUUUCUCUAUCAAUAUGGAUACCUAUAUCAAAAUUAAGUUAUUUAGUUUAUCUUAUUCAUUGGAGAAUAUCGUUUGAAUUAAUUUUUCAUGGACCAUUAAAUUUUCUUCAAACAUAUCCAAUCACAUAUGCUAUUAUUAUUAGUUUACCAAUCGUUUUAUUUCUAUCACAGAUUAUAUCUUGUUUAUGGUAUGUGAUUAUUGAAAAACCAUUCAAUCGAUUUUUAGACAAUCACAAAUCAUAUAAAUCUCAUCCAAUUUAA